UGAGGUUCAGGUGAGGAGGUCCAAAGAAGACUGGAAGUGAAACCAGAACCCAAGAACUGUUUAAUCUGCAGCUUAGAGACAGAGAAAGUGAACAUAAGCUUUUUAUCAUUUUAAAAAAUGUCCUGUUGAUGGUUUGCUUUGUUUUGGAUAUGUUAAAUAGUAAAACACGUAUAAUAUAAUGAUUUAUCCCCACAAAUUGAUAACUAUUUUGAGGGUUAAUUUCCAAAUAUUGUGAUGAUUGUGACUUAAAGCUAACAAGAACAAAAAUAUUAGUUUUUUUAAUUUAAUAUACCAGAACAAUAAAAAUUAUUUGAAAUAUUUUAUAGUCUGCAUAAUCAUUGACAAGACUGAUUACUUGACAUCCUCUUCAAAUUGGGCAUGCUGCAACAGAGGUAGGAAAAGCGCUGUAUCCCAGCAUAAUCAUGGAAAGUUAAGUGGAAGGAAAAACUGUACCCAGUAUGUGAAUUACAACUGACAUAUUCCUUAUUUAUGCAAGACCUUAAAGUCUUGAAUUGGACAACUUUAUUUAAAAUCUUUAAAAAGUGUUCAAUUAACUUUCUGUACUGGGUGCCAAAGCUACCAGACAGACUUUUUGUUUCAUUUGCUCUGGAUGUAGUUGGUCUCCUUUAGCUGAACCCUGAUCCUGAGGCAGAACCUGGAUCCAACUCCUAACCGAGUUAGUCCUAACUAGUUCCUGUGCAUCAUCUGCAGACAUGGCGAAGCUCUGUCACUGCUGCACAAUCCUCCUGCUCCUCUUCACCUCCAUCUCGGCUCACAGUGACUUCUUCACUUCCAUCGGUCACAUGAUGGACCUUCUGUUCGUGGAGGGGGACCUGGUGUCUUCGCUGAAGGACUACAUCAGAGCAGAGGAGAACAAACUGGAGCAAAUCAAACGGUGGGCGGACAGACUGGACGUGCUCUCGACUGCCGGUUCUCAGGAUCCCGAGGGUUUCCUGGGUCACCCGGUGAACGCCUUCAAGCUGAUAAAGAGGCUCAACACGGAGUGGGCGGAGCUAGAGAGCCUGGUGCUGACUGACGUGUCGGAUGCGUUUGUCUCCAACCUCACCAUCCAGAGGCAACACUUCCCCAACGACGACGACCAGACCGGAGCGGCAAAAGCUCUGAUGAGGCUCCAGGACACCUAYGAGCUGGACACGGAGACCAUCUCCAGCGGACGGCUGCCGGGCUCGUCGUCGGUCGCCACGUCGAGCAGCGUCCUGACCGUGGAAGACUGCUACGACCUGGGAAAGGUGGCGUAUUCCGACGUGGAUUAUUACCACACGGAGCUGUGGAUGGCCCAGGCCUUAAAGCAGCUGGAGCAGGGGGAGGAGUCCAGCGUCGUGGACGCCAUCGCCAUCUUGGACUACCUGAGCUACUCCGUCUACCAGCAGGGGGAGCUGGAGAGAGCGCUUGAGUUCACCAAGAAACUUCUAGAACUCGACCCGUCACACCWGCGGGCCAACGGGAACCUGAAGUACUUUGAGUACCAGCUGUCCAAACAGAAGAAGCUGGAGGUCGGCAACGACGACGAGGAGAAGMRGAGGAUGCGGAAGGAGAACCGAGGUCGCCGUGACGACUACCUGCCAGAGAGGAAGCAGUACGAGAAGCUGUGUCRCGGCGAAGGCGUCCGGAUGACUCCCCGCAGGCAGAGCCGCCUCUUCUGUCGCUACGACAAAGGACGGCAUCCCAGGUUCGUAAUAGGACCGCUGAAGCAGGAAGACGAGUGGGACAGCCCUCACAUCGUCCGUUACCACGACAUCGUGUCGGACAGAGACAUAGAGAAGGUGAAGGAGCUGGCCAAACCCAGGCUCCUUCGAGCCACUAUCUCCAACCCCACCACCGGCGUCCUGGAAACGGCCCACUACCGCAUCAGUAAGAGCGCCUGGCUCGGAGCGUACGAGCAUCCCGUCGUGGAUAAAAUCAACCGGAAGAUCGAGGACAUCACGGGGCUGGACGUCAGCACGGCCGAGGACCUGCAGGUGGCCAACUACGGCGUCGGAGGGCAGUAUGAACCUCAUUUCGACUUCGGACGGAAAGAUGAGCCGGACGCGUUCGAGGAGUUGGGAACCGGGAACCGGAUCGCCACCUGGCUGCUCUACAUGAGCGACGUGCAGGCAGGGGGCGCCACUGUCUUCACCGACAUCGGUGCUGCCGUUCAACCGAAAAAGGGCUCGGCGGUGUUCUGGUUCAACCUGUAUCCCAGUGGAGAGGGGGACUACAGGACCCGACACGCCGCCUGCCCGGUGCUGCUGGGAAACAAGUGGGUUUCCAACAAAUGGAUGCACGAACGGGGACAGGAGUUCAGGAGGCGCUGCGGCCUUCACUGGACCGACUGACGCUCGUCUAUCUCAUCCUCAUCCUGUUCCUCUGCUCCCUACUGAGAAGCAGAAUGCUUCUCCUCUGAUCUGAUGCUUUUUACUUUAUCCAGUGUGUGUGUGCGUGUGUGUGAAUAGAUCAGGGAACUGCUGCCUUAUUGCAUGUUCAGGUUUCAGCUGGUCCUCAGGUGUGUCUGGAACAAAGAACGCCGAGCGCUGUCCUGUCUGUCGGGCUUAGCUGCAGGUUUGAAGGCAGCUAGAACAUAAGAAGAGAUCCGAAACUGACGGUGUGGGUUCUAUUUAUACAGCGCCCAUUUGCAACUGAUGUCAUUUGAAGGCAUUUUCCUGAACAACCAGAUCCAAAUUACAUGCAGAAAUAUGUCAUCAAAUCAAUCCAGUCCAAUCCAAACAUGCGUUAAAAUGAAUUUAGUCAUUACAAAAAUGUUUGUCACAGGAUGCUUAGUUAAAUGUAUCAAGUUGCUGAAUGUUUUUUUUUGUUUUUUUACUUGUGUCACAGGGCUCUGCUAACACUAGUUGAAGUGUAUUAAGGGUUGUAAUUAACCUAAGAACAUUAUCAUGGAUUGGCCUCAUGGGAAUUUAGUGUGGGAACUCGUUCAACUUUCCUUAUAACCGGUGGUCGAUGUUGGACAUGGAUGCUAUUCUCACCUUGACCACCAGAUGUCAGUAAUUGAGACACACUGAACCUUUAAUGCCAGAACAAGUAAAAUAUCAAACCCCGUCUGCUCAGAGCUGAUAGAUAGUUGGAUGCAAAAUUGCUCCGUUUGGGAUAAAUAAAGAAAACAUUUGGGAUUUCCGAGGUAGCCUUCUAUCAAACGGGCAGCAGGGGGCGACUCCUGUAUUUAUGACUCCAGAGGCAGAACAUUGAGGAUUCCCGCUCUGCGUUCUUUGUUCUCUAAGUCAGACACUGAACGAAUCCCCAACUCCAGACAGAAGCACUCAUAUGCCUCCUGUUACUCCUUUAACUCAACUUCUGUGACUGUUACCUUGACAACCACUCCAGAGUAAGUGCAGAACCUCUCAGCUCAUUCAUGAUGCGCUUACCUCAGACAUUUUAGUUACUGUUUUUGAUAGAAAAAAACUACAUAAUGCAACGGCAGAGUCAGAGCAGUGAAUGGAUUAAACUCUGCCCACUGCUCACCAAUAGUUUGCACACUCCUCAUUGAAUAACAUUAAACUUUAAAGCAACCAAUAAGAAUCUUAUUAGGGGUUUUAUAGAUCCGUUGGGGUUGUUAAUUGACCGUUUUUGACUGUAUUUCAUCUUCUUGUACUUUACUUUAUAUGUUUGAGAUCUAAAGAAGUUUUGAAUCAUGUUAGUGCGCCAGUCAGUGAAAAACAUUUACCCUCCCACUGUUAUGACCCAGUGACGCUCCUGUUUUCCACCAGUUCAGCCUGCAGGUCAGUGACUCACUACUUGAGUUCUGAUUACAGUAAAGAUAAGAUGCUGAUGUUGUAUGAUCUAAUGAAAAGAAAUGUAGGAAUUCAAAUUUUUUGACACUCUGAAAACGUUUUUUUUUUUCCAACAUCAUUUCAAAUGACCCUGUUUGAUUUUUAUCUUUUCCAUAUUAUUACUUAUUAGGUCAGUUUGAGUGAAAACAUCCCUGAUUUGGUCUAUAUAUCAAGCAUCCUUUGCUUCUGAUUGGCUCAUUUACUGAGACUAUACAGAGUUUCUUUCAGUAAUUCUAAUUUAAGACUCUUUAGAAUGGAAUUUAAGUCCUAUAGCUCCUCAGAAAUAUCCAAAUUUCGUCCAGCCAACUGACAAUUGGCUGGAGACACAAAGAAGGCAGCUAGCUAGCUAGAAAGGAUUAUGCUAGCAGUGAGUUACCAGUAGCCUUGAAGGCCUGGUGAGAAAAAUAUGGAAUAUAGAGAAUAAAUAGUCCUGAUAAGACAACAUUUAAGAUACUUGAUUAAUGUAUUUAAGGCUUACUUACUUUUCUAAAAUGAAUUUAAGACAUUUUAAAGGCCUUAAUUUUCUUUUGCCAAAGAUAGCACUUUUAGCAAACUUGCCAUACUGGUUGUUUUAUGGCAACUUUAAUAUCAGAAUACACCAAGUUAACCCUGUGAGGCUACUGCAGAUCAGGUGUGUGUAAGCUCUUGUUACAAUUUUAUUUUAUUUUUUUUAACAUCCAAGUGAUUUUACAAGAAAAAUCUGUAAUCCUUUUUGUGUAUCUCUGAGAGAACUGUGAUGUAAAGAUGAUGUCGAGAACGUAAUGAUAAUGUUCCACAUGAAGUGAUCAGAAUAAAAUAUAAAUUUCUGCAGAAACACAGA